GCCGAGGGGAAAAAAAAGCCCGGAGCGGCCGAACGGCGCGUGCGCGGCGCGACUGGGUCGAAGUGCGCAAGUGCUCGGGGCUGUAAAGCCUUAAAGCUGGCAAGUCCUGAAUGGUAAAAAACAGGCGUCCCGGACCGCUGACUCGAGGAUUUCCAUUGCAGCAAGCAAAGUUUUAACCGAGCCACUUGCUCCGGCUGUCUCCAUGCUGGCCGCGGGCCUGCAUUGUUUGGUUUUGUGAGGAAGGAAGAAGGAAGAGGUGGUGGUGGUGUGAUUAUAUAUUUUAAUUUUCCCCCUCCCUUUUUUUCCGGAGGUAAUUUUUCUGCCUCCGAUUUUUUUUUUUGAGGGGGGAGGGAGGGAGAGGAGUGUUGAAGAGAGGAAUAUGGAGGGCCCGCGGUGUAGCGGGCAGAAGCAGAGGCGAUCGCGCUCUCACCGGGAUCGGGCGAGGAGGAGGGAGGGUGCGAGCCGCGGCGCCCGGCCCCGCAGCCCUUCGUCGGGCUCUGAACGGGACGAGAAGCCGAGCCCCGGCCAGGCGCCGGCCAGCGCGGCCCCCUCCCGCUGCUGCCGGCCUCCCCGCCGCAAGAGGAGGGCAUCCAGCUCUCAGGAAGAGGACAUCAUCGACGGCUUUGCCAUCGCCAGCUUCGCUACUCUGGAGGCUUUGGAGGAAGAAAAGCAUGGUGAUCUCCCCAAUCAUUUGCAUCAUUUAGAUGUGUUUCAAUUUACAAUCGAAACCAAGGAACUUGCACUGAGACCACAAGAACGAAAUGAAAAAUGGGAAAAACAAGUAGGGAAGAAACCACGGCAGGUGGAGAAUGGCAUGUUGGCUGAGCCAAGUGAAAAUGGACAUGAAAAUGGAAAUGGUACCUUGGAGCGAGGUCAAGAUCAGGGAAGAGAUCGAACCAAGAGAAAAGUUCCAUUGAAGAACUCGGCACAGAUGAAGGUUUCAGCCAACCAAAAUGGCAGGAAGAGCGAGGAUGAGUGCGUCAGAGACGCCAACAGUUCACAGAGGAGCAGUUCCAGAGACAAGCUUAGUGAUCGGGAAAACUAUCGCAUCCUUCAGGAGCAGUCAAUAUGCCGAAUUCACUACCGAAGUCCACAACAGAACAAGAAGUCAGCAAUUCUUUCAGCAUCAUCAAACACUAAGGAGAUAUCUUGUACAAAAGAUGUACGAAUUUCGAAAGCUGAAAAGGCCUUCAGUACUCAAAGGGUUAAUCCUUCAACCAAACAAAGUUCUGCACAUUCGUUUUCAGGACGAGGAUACUCUUGUGACAGUGAGAGUGACAUUGACGAUAAGGCAUCAGAUGUAGGCUCUGAGAAACUCUUUUCACCAGCAGCAAGUAAAGGUUCAAGCUUUGCUGGAAGCAAUCUGACGUCGAAUGAGAAACCUGAAACAAAAGGACCAGGUGUUUCCAAGAUAUCCGGACUAGAGCGCAGCCAGGAGCAGAGUAAGGAGACGCCCUUUGUGCCACUGGUCCCAAGCCCACCAGCUAUAGUGGUACCACCACCGCCUUCAGCGUGCACCUCCAACAGCACAGCAAGUCCUACGAUAAAGGAGGCUAUCUACUCAUCACGGCCACAAUCAAGACAACCAACACCACAGUUACAACCACAACUGCAGCAUUAUCCUCUGCCUCAGGUUCAUACACAGCCUCCUUCACAUCACCAGAUUCACCACCAGAUACCCUUCAGCAGUCUUAAUAGUAUCAGCAGCAGGAGCAGCAGUGCCAGCAGUGCUGCAAGCAUCAGUCUACCCAAGCACCUGCCUUCAUCCCCCCAAAUACACCCCCAUCACUCAACCACUCCAGUCUUGCCCCUAUCAAUUCCAAACCUUGCUACCUCACAUAAUUUCUCCCUGAGGCCUCAGACUCAUCCUCAUCACCACGCCAUGUUUGCAACACCAGCUACCUUACCACCACCACCUCCUUUAACUUCAAACAGCCUUGUUGUACCGGGUCACCCUGCAGGACCUGGCUAUUCAGAUACCAGCCUGUUGAUAUCAUUCAACCAACCAAUCAUGUAUUGUCAGCCUCAGUCGGGAAUUUUGAUUGGUGCUUUGUCACAGGCAUCUCUGUUACCUCCACCAAUGAGUCCUCAUGUAGAAAACCACCACAGCAUCACCUGCAGAAACAGGGAAUGCCAGUUUGAAAAGUAUACACCAAAAAUGGAAAAUCCUUUCUAUCGACAUUCUAGUUUCUUCCCACCGUAUGCUCCAACAAUGCCAGGAAUGCCAUCCAUGAUUCCUCAUUCAGGUCCCUUUGGCUCACUUCAGGGAGCAUUUCAGCCUAAGACUUCCAAUCCAAUUGAUGUAGCAAGCAGACAAGGAGCAGUUCCUCACACUCUACUUCAGAAGGACCCCAGGCAAUUAUCAGACCCCUACAGACAGUCAAUAAGACUCCCACUCAAAAGGGUAAAUCUACCUCAAAAACAACUGGGCAAGCCUGGGAAGUGGUGUGCUGUUCAUGUGCAAAUUGCCUGGCAAAUCUACCAUCACCAGCAAAAAUUAAAGCAACAAAUAUCAAUGGAUCAUCACAAACUUGAAAUAGGGGGUAAACUGGACCUGUUUAGCCGGCCACCUGCCCCUGGGGUGUUUCCAGGUUUCUCAUAUCCGCAUGACCUUGCCAGGCCCCUCUUCGCAAGCACAGGUAAUGCACACCCGGCUGCAACCACAUUUGGGCCACCACCUCAUCAUCACAGCAGCUAUUUACCCACUGGUCACAUGGCAGAUCCAUUCAAUAGAUCAAAUACCUAUGGCGGCCUUGGAAACCUCAGCACCAGUGCCUUUGGAGGAUUAGGCAAUCCAGCACUUGCUUCCAACAGCAUGUUUGGUCACAAGGAAGGUCCAGGGAUACAGAGCCUCAACAAUGCUCAUGAGCCAUGGAAUCGCCUCCAUCGAACGCCACCGUCAUUUCCAACCCCACCUCAAUGGCCAAAGCCGGGGGAAUCGGAGCGGAGCUCCUCAGUAACUAAUCACGACAGAGAUCGAGAUUUGGAGAAAAGAGAAUCAUCACUUAAAAAUGACAGAGAGAAAGAAAGAGAUGGAGUGGAGAAAAACAGGCACUCCAACAGAUCGUCACCAGCAUCUGCCCCAGUCAACUACCAAAUCAACAACCUCAUCCACAGCAAUAGCCGAAGCUUGAAUGAUCCAACGAGGCAUCAUAGCACCACUGAGCGAGAUAGAUCAAAGGAGCUAGAGAGAGAGCACUCGGACUCGCUGAGGGAGUUACCCGGCAUCGAGCAUAAAAUCAAGGAGAAUCGCUCACCGAUAAAGGAAAGUCAGAUCCAUGAGAGGAGGCUAGCAGAAGACAGCGCAAAGCCUGUUGUGAGAGACACUUCUCCAUACAACAGAACUUUGCUGAGUGAAAGCAUGAAGCUCAGCAAUUCAGUUAGCAAAGAUAGUGAAAGGAAAGCUGAAUCCUCCUGUGACCAUCAGAAAAUAAAGAACGAUGUCAAGAUAAAAGAAGAACGAAAAGAGGAUAAUGAGGUGAUGGUGAUAAGCUCGGACUCAUCACAGCAUCCCAGGAGCAGUGAGCCGCCUCACCAUGCAUCCCUACAUGGACUUCCACUUGGCCAUUCUGUGGGCCCCAUGCCCAUUACAAUGAGCAGCAUCCAUCAGAUGAACAACAUGAAUGUGCUUGACCGUGCUCGGAUGGUGACGCCCUUCAUUGGCAUGAACCCGCUGGCGGGAAGAGAACGUCUGCCCCACCCUGGAUUCUCAUGGGAUCCUGUCCGAGAUCCUUUGCGAGACGCAUACCGAAGCUUUGACUUGCACCGGAGGAUGGAGUUCCCAUUACGCACAGACCCCAUGCACAGGUUCCCAACAGCAGCCGGUUUCUACGAACAUGACCGGUCGUACAGAGACCGGGAGCCUCACGACUAUAACCACGAGCACGUUCUGGAAGUCAGGCGUGAGCAGGAGCGCAUUCGACAUGCCGAUGAAAGAGAACGCUUGCACCUACGGGAAGAGUUUGAUCGUGCCCGGUUGCAUGCCUUGCAUACAUCAGCCAUGGACAGUCACUUGGCACAUGUGCCACCCUUUAUGCCUCAUUUAAGCGGAAUGCACUACCCGAGGCUAAGUCCAUCCACUGCCAAUCACAAUGGGAUUUUGAACAGGACCCCACCAACUGCAGCACUGAGUGCUCCACCUCCUCUCGUACCAGCAGGCAGCGCGCGGUCUGUGUCUCCACGAAGGACUACUCCACUCACUAACUCAGAGUCUCGGGACUACUCCCCUUCUCGUAAUCCCAAAGAAGUUGAGGCACGGUAGUUCUUAAAUGUGGGGGAACUGUCCUGUGUAUGAGAUCCUUUAAUUCAAACAAUGCACUGCAACAAGAGAUAGCUGUAAAUUUAUAGAAUUGAAGCACAGUUGGGAGGGUUAAAAAGUCUGAACUUUGAUACCAGAAGAUUGCUUAUAAUUGGAAUUAAUAUAUUAUCAAUUAUAGAUCUCUAGAUUUCUUUGUGCAGAGAAUUCUGAAAUCAUGUUUGUACAUUUUUCCAAUGUUUGAAAUCUAAUUUGUAUGGAUUUGUAAUUUUAUUGUUUCAUUUUUAUUUGUUUGCUUUAAGUUUUAGUGUUCAGUUUCCAGCCGUUAAGGCCUCAAACUAUUUUAAUAAUACCCAGGGUUGCUAUGGUAUAAUUUGUCAAGAUACCUAUUUACAUUGAAUCCACUGUGAGGUUCCAUAUUGAGGCCAAAAAAUGACUUUCCUUUCUUUGGUUUCCAGAAAUGUCUGUGUACUCUGAGAAAUGUACAAAUCUGAAUUUGUUUUGCCUUAUUAACAAUUACAAGAUAUGCAGAAGAGGUCCAUGUGGUUCCUGUACAAAUGUAAAUACUCUGUUGAUACUCAGAACAUGCUAAUUAAAUUCUUUACUUAGGUAGCCUUUAUAAAGGGUUUCUGAAACCAGAAAAGCUCACUGGAUAUUUAUAUCACAAAAUUAUUCCUAUAAGUGUCACGUGGAAGUGUGCUUAAUGUUCAGUUUCAGAAAAGCAUAUUCAAUUCAACUAUGCAAGAACCGCAGGCAGGUCUUUCACAAAGGCUGCACAUCCAAACUAACGCCGACACAUGGUGAGGGAACACUCCCGCCGGCAAUGGUUGGGAGCAGGGGAGGGGCAAAAUACCACUCCAUUAAGAGACACAAAACUGCAUUUGCGAAAGAGAAGGGGGGGGGGGGGGGUGGAGAAGAAUAUUAUUGGACCAAUAAGGCACCCAGUUCAGAGAGAGACUUCAUUUCUCAAUCCACAACAGAGACAAUAAUGACAGACCUUGUAUUGGGCAGAAAUUCUUAGUGACUGGCAAGGACAUUCAGUGUGGACCUUGUGUAAUUGUGCAGUGUUUUUAUGGAAUCUGUAUACAAGACAAAGUAGUAUUUUAGGAAUCAAAAAUCUCACAGUACCAUUUCUGAUAAAAUACUGUUAGCAAAUGAAGUCCUUAAACAGAUGGUUCUGGCAGCGUGGUUCUGGCUGAACUACGCUGCAUGGCUCUUUAUUUCUUGGUCAUAUGUAAAUUUUGCCAUGUUUUACUUGCUGGACAAAAAAAGCAGCAUCUGUGUUUAUAUAUCUGGGCUUUUACUUGUAGUUCAUACAUCAGCUGCCAUUUCCUCCUUUCUGCUCUGUACUUUGGUUUCUGUAAUUUAAACAGACUUGAUUCCUGUAGAUCAAUGAGAAAAAUACAGCAUUGAUUUUGGACAAAA